GGGACGGUAUAAUCAGUAAAAACAAGGCGGUAAGAACAUGACGUUUACGAUCGUACUCCUAACUCUUUUGCAUAGUAUUGGAAUAGUGCUACCAUUUGACGGUCGAAAGGUAAAAUUCUAUGAAAAUGUCUCGAGGCCUCGAUUUACUUCUCAUUUUGAGUUUUAUUUUACAAGGAAGUUCUUUCCGUCUUGGAUAUUAUAUAAAUUCGCGACACGAACGAGCACCGGAUGAGAAUGAUGAAAAUUCAAUGAAGAUUCAUCGUGAAAGUUUGACGAUGGAAUUGUUCCGACCGAAAUAUUUGACUGAAAGAACUGUUAAUGAUAAAAAGAAAGAAUUUGGCUCAUCCGAGAAAAAUGACAAACAUCCCGAUUGCUUUUCGGUGGACGGCGCAAAAGCCGAAUCAAGAUACGCCCGUGCAGUCAACAGGAGGCUUCCAUUCAAGUGGCACAAGAAAAAAAGACAGCUGACUGAAGCAACGAAUAGUAUUCAACGUCCGAUAUUGAGUAAUCUAAUGAGCAGAAAUCGAAAAUUAGGUGAAUAUUCAGCUUACAAAUUGACGUUGCCAACUCGAACGAAACGUAGUUGGACUUUUAGUGACGAUGCUGAACCUGUAGAGAGUCAAGGUGAUGCCGAACCAACAGAAAAUAUACAAAGCGCAGAUGAUAGUACUACGGAAAGUAGUGCGGGAGCGGAAGAAAAAGAAGAACAGAAAGAGGAAGUAGUUGAAGAAGAAAAGAAGAAGGACGAAAACGGGGUCACGGGGGUUACCCCGGAAGUUUCCGGGGGAGUAGCAACCACAUUAAGAACCGAUACCGAAAGUGAUAAAGUUGAUAAAGAAGAUGAUAAAACCGAGGAAGACGAGGAUAAAAAAAUGGUGAGUACAAAAAUACCGGACGCUUCGGAUUACCAGGAUGAACACGAGGAAUAUGACGAAGAUGGGAAAGGCUUCACGACUACAAAACCAAUCGCUUUGGACAAAGAAGAAGAUGAAUAUGAUGAAAAAAAGAAAGAUAACGAAGAGGAUGAAGAAUUGGAAGAUUUGAAAGAAACGCAUGAUCAUGAUAAGGAAGAGAUAGAAGAAGACGAUGAAUUGCCCCCGAGUUUGGACAAACAGGAUUUUGGGAACGGAGAAGAGACGGACAAGGAAGAUGAAGGUGGUUAUGAUGGAGAGGUUGACGAGGAAAAGGAAGAUGAUGAAGAAUUUGAAGUUGCCGGCGAACCAGAUGCUGCAGACGAGGAUGAGAAAGCGGACGACUAUGGUGAUGGACUCGAUAAAACUGAUGAUCACCUAAAUGAAAAUCACGAGGUCGAGGAUGAGGACGAGGAGGAAGAUAUGAAAGGCAUAGGAGAGCAAGAAAACGAACUAGAAGAAGACGAGCAAGAAGAAAUAGAAGAAGACAAGCAAGAAGAAAUAGAAAAAGACGAAGACGAAGAUGAAGAAGAAAUAGAUGAACAAGAAGACAAUGAAGAAGAAAAAGAAGACGAUGAAGAUGACGAAGAGGUCGAAGGGGAGGGUGAAGAAGACACUCUCGAAGAAGAUGAUGAAGCGGACCACAAACCUUCUGACGAUCUUGAAACAGAAGAGGAAUAUCUAUCCAUAAUAUCACCAGAAGGUAUCUAUAAUUUUUUAGUUAGUGUAAAGGAUAUCAUUGUCAAUGCAGGCGAUUAUUUGAUCUCCCUCAUACUCAGGGAUAUGAAGAGUGGUCUUCGUCAAUCUCGUAUACACGAGAAGUUCGAGAAGCAGCUGAAAAAACUUGCUGAUUCUCGUCAGGUUAAUUCUCAAAAAGUUAUUAAUAUACUGGCGAAAAAAAUUCGUAAACAGUUCGGCAGAUCAUAUGAAUUAGAACUGGUCAGAUUUUUGAAGCAACUGCGAGACAAUUUUAAAUCUUGAAUCGAUUUCUUUCGUCAUUUUUAUUUCAAAUCAAAUAUUUUCAUAUCAAACAUUUAAAAAAAUUUUCUUUCCAAAUUCUUUUAAACCAAACCUUUCAAAUUUAUAAUUUAUAUCUGUUUAAUCUGAC